AUGGCUGCUAGUGACAGUGUUUCUAAGAACACACCCAAAGUCACCAAAGAAUUGGGAUACGGCCGAAAAGGAGCCAACACGCCAUGCCUGCGCUCGCCUGGAGAGACGGCAGCUGCAGGAAUGUGGUCUCUGCUCCUGCUCACUGUCUACACCACAGAGCUCACUGUCUACUCUACACCCCCACAGCUCACUGUCUACACCACAGAGCUCACUGUCUACUCUACACCCCCACAGCUCACUGUCUACACCACAGAGCUCACUGUCUACUCUACACCCCCACAGCUCACUGUCUACACCACAGAGCUCACUGUCUACUCUACACCCCCACAGCUCACUGUCUACACCACAGAGCUCACUGUCUACUCUACACCCCCACAGCUCACUGUCUACACCACAGAGCUCACUGUCUACUCUACACCCCCACAGCUCACUGUCUACACCACAGAGCUCACUGUCUACUCUACACCCCCACAGCUCACUGUCUACACCACAGAGCUCACUGUCUACUCUACACCCCCACAGCUCACUGUCUACACCACAGAGCUCACUGUCUACUCUACACCCCCACAGCUCACUGUCUACACCACAGAGCUCACUGUCUACUCUACACCCCCACAGCUCACUGUCUACACCACAGAGCUCACUGUCUACUCUACACCCCCACAGCUCACUGUCUACACCACAGAGCUCACUGUCUACUCUACACCCCCACAGCUCACUGUCUACACCACAGAGCUCACUGUCUACUCUACACCCCCACAGCUCACUGUCUACACCACAGAGCUCACUGUCUACUCUACACCCCCACAGCUCACUGUCUACACCACAGAGCUCACUGUCUACUCUACACCCCCACAGCUCACUGUCUACACCACAGAGCUCACUGUCUACUCUACACCCCCACAGCUCACUGUCUACACCACAGAGCUCACUGUCUACUCUACACCCCCACAGCUCACUGUCUACACCACAGAGCUCACUGUCUACUCUACACCCCCACAGCUCACUGUCUACACCACAGAGCUCACUGUCUACUCUACACCCCCACAGCUCACUGUCUACACCACAGAGCUCACUGUCUACUCUACACCCCCACAGCUCACUGUCUACACCACAGAGCUCACUGUCUACUCUACACCCCCACAGCUCACUGUCUACACCACAGAGCUCACUGUCUACUCUACACCCCCACAGCUCACUGUCUACACCACAGAGCUCACUGUCUACUCUACACCCCCACAGCUCACUGUCUACACCACAGAGCUCACUGUCUACUCUACACCCCCACAGCUCACUGUCUACACCACAGAGCUCACUGUCUACUCUACACCCCCACAGCUCACUGUCUACACCACAGAGCUCACUGUCUACUCUACACCCCCACAGCUCACUGUCUACACCACAGAGCUCACUGUCUACUCUACACCCCCACAGCUCACUGUCUACACCACAGAGCUCACUGUCUACUCUACACCCCCACAGCUCACUGUCUACACCACAGAGCUCACUGUCUACUCUACACCCCCACAGCUCACUGUCUACACCACAGAGCUCACUGUCUACUCUACACCCCCACAGCUCACUGUCUACACCACAGAGCUCACUGUCUACUCUACACCCCCACAGCUCACUGUCUACACCACACAGCUCACUGUCUACACCCACACAGCUGUCUAUACCCACACAGCUCACUGUCUACAUUCAUGUGACUGUUCAGUUGAUUUCACUGACAGGACUUUAACUAUUCUACUGUCUUCACCAACAUAA